GGGAGAGCAUUGUAGCUUGUUGAUCAUGUCCUAUUCCUUAGAUUGACGAUGGUUUCGGAACAACUUCUCUGAGGCUAGGUCCAACUCAACAGUACACUGACCUCAAUCAUGCCACGGACACCAAGGCAAGAUGGCCGGAGCAGGUCUUCAAGUGUGCGAUGGGAUACGACAUUUAAAGUAUAAGAGGGGACGCCAUGGAUGCUCAAUCACCAGCACAGCAACAACCUUCACUUCAAUCCACGCAUCCAGAGCCACUGCAAUCUCGCCAGCCCUUCACUUUUCAGAUUCGCUAUCCAUCAUUUCAACAUGCGUUUCUUCGCCAUGACCGCACUCCUCGGCCUUUCGGUCUCAGCCCUUCCCACGGUGGAAAACAGCGUCGUGGCACGCUCUGCUUCUCCAGAAGCCAUUGCCGAAGCAGUAGCUGAAUCAGCGCGUCUCUACGCUCGCGGCAAGGACAUCAAGUAUGCUAGCAUGCCAAGCUCUAAUGCGGCAUGUCCCGCCACGGCUCGCUACGGGGCGCACACAUAUACGGACAACCAGAUCAAGGUGGCGUUCCUCGGAGGUGCUGGUCUGACUGCGGAAGGCAAGCAGCUUGGUACAAGUAUGUAUAGUCGCAGCCUGGGAUGCUGUCGGUGCUAAUGUCGAGCAGACGCGUAUCCGCACAAGUACAACUCGAACCAGGUACUGCCCAACGGCUGCGGUAGUGAGACGCAGGAGUUCCCGAUUCUAUUCGACAACGACUUGUACA